AUGAUCGACUCGAACGGUUCCAACCAUCAGAGAUAUCGAAAUAAUGAUGCGAAAAGACAUGUGUUCUUACCAUCGGUAGAAGGAUUCCUCGAACACGAAAGAAAACCUCGUCGACGCCGAAUAGAUGUUGAUAGACGGGCUGAUGGAUUGAACAAAAGCUUUGAAAUGCUUCAACCGGCCUCGUCUGCCAAUUUAAUUUUCGAUUUUUUCAAAGCCCCAGACGGAGAUCAUGCCAGUAUUAUAAAACUGUUGAAGGUCCUGAAAUCGUUCGGUUUGCGGGAAAAGGAUCCACGACUGAAGGAAAUGAUGACUCGAAUACAAGAAAAUUUGAAGACUCUCGUGAGACCGGCCACCACGCGGUCCGAGAUUCAUGUACGACCGCGUCACACCCCUUCUCCGAGCAUCACAAUCUCCCCAGUCCUCACGGACUGA